UCCAUUACGUCAAUCUAUUUCGAUUCCGCACUCUCAGCCGUAGCCAUGAGCAUGCUCAGGCUUCAAAAGCGCUUGGCGUCCAGCGUCUUGCGCUGUGGCAAGAAGAAGGUAUGGCUGGACCCUAACGAGACCAAUGAAAUCGCCAAUGCAAAUUCCCGGCAGCAGAUCCGUAAGCUGGUGAAGGAUGGUCUGAUUAUCAGGAAGCCGGUGACGGUCCACUCGCGUGCCCGCUGCCGCAAGAACACACUGGCACGGCGCAAAGGCCGUCAUAUGGGCAUCGGUAAGAGGAAGGGCACAGCCAACGCUCGCAUGCCUGAAAAGCUCUGCUGGAUGAGACGAAUGAGAAUCCUGCGCCGAUUGCUACGGAGAUACAGAGAGUCGAAGAAGAUUGACAGGCACAUGUACCACAGCCUGUAUCUGAAAGCGAAGGGAAACGUGUUCAAGAACAAGCGCAUCCUCAUGGAGCACAUCCACAAACUCAAGGCAGACAAGGCCCGCAAGAAGCUCCUGGCUGACCAGGCUGAGGCCCGGCGCACAAAGACCCGGGAGGCCCGUAAGCGCAGAGAGGAGCGGCUGCAGGCCAAGAAGGAGGAGAUCAUCAAGACUCUGUCCAAGGAGGAGGAAACCACCAAAAAGUAAAUAAUGAUAAAAAGAUAUUCUCUCCUACUCCCCUGUUCUCCCAACAGAUGUAUCUGGCUCUUUUCGCUGUAUAUGGUGAUAACAUUAUUGACUUGUACAGACAGAAUAAAUUGUACAGUGAGAGUGAAGUCUGUUUCCACGUGUGUAUGUGUGAUCAGAUGCUUAGAGACUAGUUUGCCGUUGAUAAUAAAAAAUGAAAGA